GAUGCGCGACUACGCGAGUGCGAGCACCGGGACCGCUGAUCUCAAGUAGUACCGCAAACACGUAGUAUGGAAUUGAUCUUACUGUGAGGCACCUUUGACAAGUGUUUCUACCAUAAUCUCGGAUUGAUCAAUACCUUGUGAUUGGAAUUUGAUAAACGGAAACAGUGUGGAAGCCCAUAGUAUAUUUAUUGACUAAGGCUAGAAACUGAAAAAACGGUGUUGUUCGAAUAAAGUUCUCUGAAAUAUUUGUUCCAUAUGCAAUUGCACAAAUGCUCCCUUGUCGCUCGCCAUCCAAAAUGCAGCAAACCCUCGAUUGUCCUUACUGGAAACUUAUAGCCAACAACUCUUUUGUCAGAAAUUUUAAUAUAAAAUAUAAUUGAACAAAAAUAAAUGAUUUGUAUUCUUUUAGAAAUAUUCCGGAAGCGACCGACAAUCCUGUAAAUCAAUGAAAUUUAUUCAGCAGAGAAGUGUUUAAUUCCUCGAUGCUUCACAUCAACUCGUCUUUCUUCCACCACAUUUCUCAUUAAUUCCACCAAUUAUGGCUUCAGCAACUCAUUUCUUUGAAGGCACUGAAAAAUUGCUCGAAGUCUGGUUCUCACCUUCCAGUGAUUCUAGGGAUCUUAGAAUAAUUUCUCGACAAGAAUGGGCAGAACUGCUUAAAAAUGUCCGUGUUGAAAUAAUUAGCUAUCAGAAAGAUGCAGAUAUGGAUGCUUAUGUUUUAAGUGAAAGCAGCAUGUUUGUUACAAAACGGCGUUUUAUUUUGAAAACUUGUGGUACUACGACACUGCUCUUAGCUGUGAAGCCAUUGUUGAAGCUAAUUAAAGACAGAUGUAACAUUGAUUCUGUUGAUGAUGUAUUUUAUUCUCGAAAGAAAUUUAGACAGCCAGAAAAACAACAUGAAAUUCAUCAACGCUUUGAAGAUGAGGUCAGUCAUUUGGAUGAAUUAUUCAAUAAUGGUGUUGCCUACACUCUAGGAAGAAUAAAUAAAGAUUGUUGGUAUCUGUAUACAUUGGAUGAUGAAAAAAUUUCAGAACCUGAUCAAACAUUUGAAUUACUUAUGUGGAAUAUGGAUCAAGAAAAGAUGAAAAUCUUCACCAAAGAAGCUAGUUCUAAUGGCUCUGAAGCCAGUCAGAAGUGUGGUAUUGAUAAACUAUUACCCAAUAUGCUGAUUGAUGACUAUUUAUUUGAACCAUGUGGAUAUUCCAUGAAUGGAAUACUGCCAGGGGGUUAUUAUAUUACCAUUCAUGUCACACCAGAACCUCAGUGCUCUUAUGUCAGUUUCGAAACUAAUGUUUCCCAAGAAUCUUAUUUUGAGCUGCUAAACAAGCUUCUUGACCUAUUCAAGCCUGGAAACUUUUUACUAACGGUUUUUGCAAAUAAAGCUUCAAAUGCUCGAAACGCCUAUAAAGAUUUGCAAGAUGAACCACUUCCUGGCUAUAUGCGACUUGAUCAUCAAUUUUGUAUGUUCAAGAAUUAUAAUUUGACCUACACUUAUUAUGCAAGCAGGCCUAUUAUCUAGGACUAAGUUGGUUCUGGUAGUUUGAAUAGCAAUUCUUUCAUUUCCUUUUCUUAUCUUUGAUAUCGAAAUCAAAAGAGUAGGCAGAUGUUUAUUACAUUUUUUAUUAUUACACGGGAAUCGGAAUACUUCCAUAGCUACAAUUUUUAAUGUUGAAUUAGACUGAAGUUUGAGCUAUACAUGACUACAGCCAUAUAUAUGUCUAUAUUCUGAAUGCAGAGUAAAUCUACCCAGAGAUUUUCUUAAAUUUUGUGAAAUUGCAGAUUAGCAAUUCUUCGCAGUCCAUAAUUCUGGGAACUAAUGUAAACUGUACUGUCUCAUAGAUACAAAUCUGUGAAAUGUGCUUGUAACUUAGACCUAUAUUUUUGUUUUAUCUCGUUUUAUAAUUUGAAGAGAUAAAAAAUUAUUUGAAGGAUGUUCUUUCAAGUUGCUAUUAUAUUUAUUGUUAUGACUUUUUUGUCAGGAAAAUUUACACCUUAUCUGCAGCAUUAUAAUAUUCUGGCUGUUAAAUAAGUUUGUGAAAUUUAUAAAUGCCAAGAAUAUGAAAAGUGAUUUUAAAGGUUCAGUCUUUGCUGGCAAAAACAGUUACUUUUACAAUACACACACACACACACACACAUGUAUGUAAGUAUAUAGUUAUAUAAAAUAUGUAUUGAAUAAGAGAUUAUACACUGGAAAAUCUCCACAGGAUUGAUAACUUUUUUAACAUGUCAUUAAACUGCAUAAUAUUAUUACUUUAAUGCCAUAGCAGAUAUUUCAGAAAUAUUCCAGAUUAAAUGACUUUCACAUUCAACGAAAUUCAUUUAAUAACUUAUGAUGAAUUUUGUAAAUAUUUCAAAGUAGACAGUCUUCACAUGCGACAGGGAAACAACCGUAGAACAAAAUAUUUUGUAAUGCCAUUGAGUUGGUUUUUACAUUCUUCCAAAUAUGUGUGUAUAUAUUUAUACAUACACAACACAUAUACACAUGUCUAUAUCUACAUGUAUGAAAUUAUUUAAGCUGUGUAUUUAUUUCUGAUUGUUUGUGACUUCCUAGUCAUACUAUAUUCAAAUUAAUGUCUCAUUGUCACCAAGUUUGUAAUGAAAUUAAAAUUCUCUGUAAAAUAUUAAACGAAGAAAUUUCAAUACAACUAAAAUAUAUUUGAAUUACUGAACAAGAUAAAAAGGCAAACACUAAAAAGAAUUUCUAAUUUUCAUGUCAGGAAAUAGAAAUUUAAAAGAAUUGUUAUUUCAUUUUUAGAUAUAUUUUCCCCUAUUUAUUGAUCUUGUUCUUUUCAAAAUAUUUCAUUUAUUCCAUUGUUAAAUAAUUUACAACAUUGCAGAAAAGCAAACAUUAUGAAUGUUUACAUUUUGUUGUUACUAUUGUUUUAUACUCUUUCUUUUUAUUGUUUUCAUUUAAAAAAAGUCACUACCUACACAGAAUAUUGUGUUGAAGAUACUGGUCUUAAAACUUACAAUGUCCAACUAUUCUAGUCAUGGAAUAAGGUUGUAUUAGAAUUUUAACAAUAUGAGCUGUAAGGAGCCUCUUUUGAUAAAAAGGAAGCCUUGGGGUCAGAUAGUCAAAUUCUUCCUUAUCUUACAAGAAGGACACGUUGGAUAUCUAAAUAACAAUGAAGAGUCUUAGAUGCCUUAAAAGAAUAAUGGAACAGUUAUAGUUGGACUCCUUUUUUUUUUUAUCAUAGGUCUACUUGGUCAGGGUUUAUUUGGGCUAAACAGAGGUAGGGGUGGACAGAACUCCUACCAUCAUUGCAAUUAUUGAUACUUCUCAACGAGGAUAUUAAGAGGAAAUUAACUAUUACUCUUAUCAUUGCAUUAAUAUAGCCAAAUACAAUUUAUUGUACAUAUAAAGUUAAUCAAUGCAUUUAUAUUUUUACUUCUAAUAUAAACAGGGAAAACCUAGUUAAGUCAUUGAGUUUAAUGGCUGAGGGUUAGAGCCCCAUGCACCGCCCAUUCAUUACAUCUUCAUGCUCUCUUCAGCAUGAAUUGGAUCAGUCAGUUCUGAUUUCUUUGCCAAGGGUUGACUCCUUUGGUCUUCACCUCUGUCUUGACACUCACAGCCACUCUGGCUUCCUUCAAAAGCUACCAAGCCCCAUUGUAGUACUCGGGUAACACCUUCUAGAGGCAUACCUCAUUCUCAUUUUACAACACAUCAGACACUAAGUCAGUAUCAUUGCUAGAUAAUUGUUGGCCCUACAUUGGGGUUCAUCCGUCCUUUUGAUAUGUUUCUGUCAGGCUGGCUUUCUACCGACUCCCCCGCCCCCACCGGCAAGCCUGAUGGGGGGGACUUGUUUAGUCACUGAUGACCUGACCAUGCAACACUUAAUAACUAUAAUUUUUUUCCCUAUAUAGUGACUUGAUUUUAGGACAUCAUAUUCUUUUCAUGUACAACAGUUAUAUGAAGUUGGAAAUAACAAAAAUAAAACAUUCUCAAUAA